GGGGGUUAGAAAGCUGGGCUUAGAGGCAAUACGUGAGGCUAGAACCCCGAGCGUGGUCGGUUGGAGCAAAUAUGUCUGUCCGGAGACACAUUGGGAAUCCUGAGUAUUUAACCAAAAAGAUACCACAGAACCCAAAGUAUCGGCAUGUCAAGUCAAGAUUGGACACUGCUGCCUUGAUGUCAUGAAUUGACCCGCAAUGUUUACCUUUCAUGGUCAUCUUGACUUGGGAGAAGAGCCAGAGUCACAGUGCCAGAUCCAGUCAAUAAGGUGCAUGACAAGGCCUCAAAAAGACACAAAAAAAGGACUUACAGAAUUGCUUCAGAAAAUGACAAGAACAAUAAGUGUGUUUGAAGAAAAGGGAAAUAUUUUAAGGGGGGUGAAUGGUAACAGCAUGACAAAAUAUAUUGAGAAGCUAGAAGAGAUUAAAAAAAAUUAUAGAUACAAAAAAGAUGAACUUUUCAAGAGACUAAAAGUUACCACCUUUGCACAGCUGGUCAUCCAGGUUGCUUCCCUAUCUGAUCAAACUCUGGAAGUGACAACUGAAGAGAUUCAACGGCUAGAAGACAGUGAUUCUGCCCCUUCAGACCUGGAUGCUGAACUCACUGUCAGGACCAAUGGAAAAGGGAGCCCGGGUGAGCAGCCACCCAGCCCUGUCCAGUUCAUCAACAGUGCAGGAGCAGGGGACUCCAGCCGCUCUACUCUGCAGAGCGUCAUCAGUGGUGUUGGGGAACUGGAUCUAGACAAAGGGCUUGUGAAGAAAGUAGAACCCAACACCAAAGACAAACCUUAUCCUGACUGCCCCUUCCUGUUGCUAGAUGUGCGCGAUAGAGACUCUUACCAGCAGGGCCACAUUGUCGGAGCUUACAGUUACCCAAUUGCAACUCUAUCUAGAACAAUGAACCCCUAUUCCAAUGAUAUUCUUGAAUAUAAAAACGCCCAUGGCAAGAUCAUCAUUCUGUAUGACGAUGAUGAGAGGCUGGCCAGCCAGGCAGCCACCACCAUGUGUGAGCGGGGGUUUGAAAACCUCUUCAUGCUUUCUGGAGGUCUAAAAGUCUUAGCUCAGAAAUUCCCGGAAGGACUGAUUACCGGUUCCCUGCCAGCGUCUUGUCAGCAGGCCCUUCCUCCUGGUUCUGCCCGGAAACGAUCCAGCCCCAAACUUCCACCCACACCAGCUGAGAACAAAUGGAGAUUCACCUCAGAAGACUUAAAAAAGAUAGAAUAUUAUCUGGAAGAAGACCAGGGGCCUGCAGAUAAUCCUAGCCGACUGAACCAAACUAACUCUUCAGGAAGAGACUCCAAAGUACCUGGUACCCGAAGCAGUCUGUACCUGCCUACUGGGGGCCCUGCCAGCCACUCCAACCCUCGCUCCCAGGGAAGUGGUCACCUGCAAGGCAAACCCUGGAAGUAAAAACUUUGCCUCAUUUAGUCAAAUAAAUGUUUCCCCUAUUUUUGGAACCCCUGAGCAGUCCCCAAGUUGGUCAUUUUUGCAAGGUCCUAUAGAGGAAAGACCAUGGCUAUGGGAUAGGCCAUCUUCCUUCUCCAUGUCCAGCUCCCCUCCCUUUUGCCAGCCCAUCAAGGAUUUUGACAAAUGACCCUGAAAUCCAGAGGCGUGACAGGCUCUAGUGUUCUCCCUAUUGUUUACAGAAUAUUUAAGUUUUUUGAAACUGAAUAGGAAAAAAAGUACUCCCCCCCCCACACACUUCACAUGCAAUUCAGUUUGUUUGCUGUUUAUCCAGCGCUGUUUUAUAAAUACUUCAGUCACAUCUGAUGGUAUUUUCUUGCCCAUCAGUUUUUUUCAUUCACGUGGAUUUCAUGAGAGAUUCUGCAGGUGGGCUUGGUGUGGGCAGCUGUCUACAGGGAUGCAGAUGCAUCUUGGUCCCAGCAGCCUGAGGGCCACACAUCAGGAACAAGCAGCCACCUGGGGUGUGUUCUGCCCAGCAUGCUGCAGGCUCUAUGGGGAGAUUGGAAGAGGUGCCUGUGAGCAAGGCUCAUUUUUACAAUUUAGUGGUAAAGCUCUACAGUUACUGAAUGCUCCCCUUCAUUAAAUAGUUCCUGUGGCCAGAAGUGUCCUCAGCUACCUUCUCGUCAUUAUCAUCAUCAUCAUCAUAGGGAGGAGCACCCGGCCUGUGUUGAGAGCCCCUAGAAGCCCCCACAGCUGUCCCUCACUUGUGGUCGGGAUAGUAGUUGGAAAUUUCCAUUGCGGACUCAGGUCCAUCUGCAUUAAAUGGGUAGAAAUCAGUAGCUACUUGAAAACAUUAGCUUCAUUCAGGCAAAUAAGGAACACACAAGGUGAGGACUCAAGAGUCCUCUGUCAGGGCUGACAGCCCCUUAAGCCCUUGCUUAAAAAUACAGUAUUAGUCUAAUUGAGUAAUUAGUGCAAUUUCCUGCUUACUUUUCAUUCUCAUGACUGAGCUGUGAUUAGGAGGUUGUGAUUAUAGAUUCUGGUUUUGGCCAGGAUUUUGAAUCAGCAUUAAUUGAGUUGCUGGAUGACUGACAUUCGUUCUGUUUAAUUGGGGGAACAAAAGACCUCAGGUAAGGAUGAGGAACUUUAAAAUCAUGUGAAAAGGAAAAGGCCUUGUUAAUUUUUAUGGUCUGUGAUCGUGGCUGUGAUAAGGGACUAAGGAAUAAAUUGUGCUCUUUGUCAUGGCAACCAGCUUCUGAAAAGCCAACUGAAAAUUGCCUGUCCUUAGGUGGUUACUGCUGCUGGGUAAGAUUUGCCUUAACAGUACUAUUUCUCACCACCAAAAGAAAAAAAAGGCACCACAGUAUUUCUAGCAUGGGGCUGUGUUUGUACAAGAAAUAAACAUAAUAAAUGUCUCAUAGAGACAUAUGGAAAAAUAACUCAGAUUCAGCCCGGUUCUGCUUUAGAGUGUGUUUAUCCUUCUCUACUUGAUUUCCAAAGUGCAACAUUUUCCGAUACUUUAGAAUCAAACAAACCGAAGACAUUGUUCAGAUGUCAAACUGUGCCCAGUUUUCCACAAGAUUCAAGAAUCUUGAAUAAAAUUCAGCCAACAUACACAUAGCUUUAAUAAGGAACCUUUCAUGUUUCCCAUAAAUUUAUUGCCUGAGAACUUAGUUCAGCCUUUUUGCUAAAGCCAGAAUGCUCUGGCUUUUUAUUUUCUUUAGGCCAUAGAUAGAAGAAUGCAGAAAUUUCCACACUUCCGUAGUGUGGACAAAUUUUUAUCCAUCUUUGAUGCAUAUACAUCGUUAAGGAAAAAUGUUUCUCUCUGUAGCAGUGUUCUGGUUAUGCCAUUUUGAAGUUGACUAGGUCAAGAGAUUAGACUUCCCUGCCAGAUUCUGUUUUGAAAGUGGAAUCCCCCUUGUUCCCCUUUUGCAUUCCCAACAUCACAGAUUAGUGUUUAAAACUCCGAUAUUUAUGUGAAAAGUCAGUUUAGCCAAACCUAUGAAUUGCUGUGUAUUUACUGGAGAGAUCUAGUGAGUUGAAUAUUUUUAUGUAUAUUCUCCAUAGUGCUUUUCUCAGUUGGUAAGGAUUUUAAAAUUCAAAAAACAACCUGUUCUAAUUCCACAUAUUAUGUGUUAAAUGUCACUAUCAGACAUUUUUUACAGACUCAAGGUAUUUCUUUUAAUAUUCUAUUUUACUAGUUUCUUCAUUAGAUAAUUUGACAUGUAUUUAAAUAAUCGCUGAUACUUUGUGCAAUUAUGAAUGUUGAAGAUUAAAGAACAUAGUUCCUAAUUUGUCGUUUGCUAUUAAUGUGCUGAAACCUGCCAACUUUUCUCUUCUUUUCUGUCAGGAUGAUUUGGGAGAGCCCCAGGAGACUGAGAGAUAGGAAAGAGUACCUGUUUUUGCUGCUUCUCCCAGAAAGGCAUAUUCUUUGUGUAAAUGAAUUGAGAGAUCCACAUAGAAUCUUAGCUCUCUCAGAAGGCUUGGGUUUCAUUUCAGGUCAGACAGGUACCAAUGGCAUAGUAAGUAGAUUGGAUCAUUGUUGUCUUGCCACUGUUUAAGGGGUUCACCAGCUACAUUUGCCUGGGGAAGGGAGGUGUUUUAUCAAAGAGUAAUAAUAGUCCAAUAUCCAACAGUGAUGGCCAAAGCUUAGUAAUAUGUUAAAUGCCUCAAAAGGGUACAUAUUUAAGAAAGAAAGUAGCAAAGGAAGGAAAGAAAAGAAACGAGAAAGGGAAGAAAUACAGGAAGGGAGGAGAACGCUACAGUUCUCCUUUCAAAACAGAACAUAAUAAUAAUGUCAGAUUUCAUUGUUGAAAAUGAUAGGAUGACUCAAAUAGCCUAAAAUUAAUUUUCAUUUUUUUUUUAUGUGUAGGAGAAAUCUAGAACCAGUAUGAUUGUAUUGAACUUGCAUUGAUGCAAAUCAGAAUUAAAAGAGAACAAAUAAUGUUCAAUAGUAGUUUGAGGCUUUUUCCCCUGUGGUGCUGUUUCCAUUAUAUAAAAAUUCUUGAGACAUUAAGCUACUCACCAAGAAAAUAGAACAAAACAAAACCUUCUCUUCUCUAAUUCCCUCGUGGAACAUAAAUGAAGUCAGAGUCGUGGGAUGGAAGAAAUAUGCAGGUGAUUUUUGUUGUGUUGGUUUUGGUUUUUAUCCUUUUUUUUUUUUUUUUUUUUUUGUUAGAGUCUGUCUUUUAUGCUACUUGACUUUUUUAGGGGCAAUAACUAAUUACUGUCCACCUGGACUUAAAUUCAUGACUGCAUUCUUGCUAUACUUUGAAGAUAAUCAUUCAGACCCUUUUGUUGAUUCCAGAAUGUUCUCAUUAUUUUUAAUGUGUUUGUUUUCAAAAUUGUCUCCAAGUUGUAAGUCCCAUAGUACUUUUGUUUCAAAAACCAUCAGAAACAUAUAGAUUAGAGUGAUAAUUUAUCACUUUAGUUAUGUUGGGCUUGUUAAGUACUUCUGUGCAGUUCAAUUAAUUUUUAAUUAACAAACAUUUUUCAUAUACAAGCAAUAAAUAAGACAUCCGGUACUCCCAAACUGUUCAGAAUACAUUUGGAUGUUAAUACUUCCCUAGACUUGUAGUAAUUAUUACAAUUAUUACCAUGGGUAAUAAGUUAGUACCCAGUUGUUACAAAAAUUAAAAGGUAAUGGUAAAACUCUAUGUCUUGAAUUCUGAAAGGGCAAGGUUCAGUGCAUGACGUAUUAUGUGUGUUUACAAAAUGUAUUUGUCAUGCUGUGACCCCCUCUCCUUGUCUCUCACUCUCUGGUGCUGCUUUCCUUUGUUCUAAAUACAAAAGAAAAUUCUCUCCACCUGCAUAACCUCCUGAGGCUCCUGGUAAAAUGUGUAGAACGCAUAGGUUACUUAUUAAAUGCUGUUGACUAA